UCACUUACCUAUCUGGUCGAUUCGAAUGUUGAAUAUUUAUCGACUAGAGCGAUUACAAAUUCCCUCCAAUUUUUAAGCAUCCACGUAUUUUGCCGGGAUUAUAAACUUUUGCGAUAAUGGUAGAAACGCCAAAAAAAGAUGAAACUGAGCAGCAGGCGCCUGUCAACCGAGAUGAGAUGCAGUACCUGGAUCUUCUGAGUGAAAUCCUCGCAAAUGGAGAGCAGCGGAUGGACCGCACGGAAGUGGGCACGCUGUCCAUGUUCGGUUGUCAGAUGCGCUUUAACAUGCGGGAGUCCUUUCCACUGCUGACCACCAAGCGUGUGUUCUUCCGCGCAGUAGCCGAGGAGCUGCUGUGGUUCGUGGCGGGCAAGACGGACGCCAAGUUGCUGCAGGCGAAGAACGUGCACAUCUGGGACGGGAACAGCAGCAGAGAGUUCCUGGACAGCCUGGGGUUAACGGAGCGUUCCGUUGGCGAUCUGGGCCCGGUCUACGGCUUCCAGUGGCGACACUUCGGGGCGGAGUACGCCACCUGCGACGACGACUACAGCGGCAAGGGAAUCGAUCAGCUGCGUCGGGUGAUUGACACUAUCAAGAAUAAUCCCUCAGAUCGGCGCAUCAUCUUGUCGGCUUGGAAUCCUGUUGAUAUGCCAAAGAUGGUCCUGCCACCGUGUCACUGUCUGGCACAGUUUUUCGUCUCCACGCGCGGUGAGCUAUCGUGCCAGCUCUACCAGAGGAGUGCCGACAUGGGCCUGGGCGUACCCUUCAAUAUCGCCUCCUACGCCCUGCUCACCUACAUGAUCGCCCAUGUGACAGGUCUGAAGCCGGGCGACUUUGUCCACACCAUGGGCGACACGCACGUCUACCUGAACCAUGUCGAGCCGCUGAAGGAGCAGCUGAAGCGGACACCGCGACCCUUUCCCAAGCUGAACAUAAAGCGUCAGGUGCAGGACAUCGAUGACUUCCGCUUCGAGGACUUUGAGAUAGUCGACUACAAUCCAUAUCCCAAGAUCAAAAUGGACAUGGCCGUGUAGGCGUCUUUGAAAUCAUAAGUUAUUAUUAUAUAUGUACAAUAAAAAUCACCACUGAAAUAUUUUUUAAA